AAGAGUGCUAAAUUCAUCAGCCUUGAUAAUUUCUUGUAAUAAAUAAUAUUGAUAGUAAAAUAAAUGAUAUAUUUAUUUUUUAAAUAAUCAAAUAAUAUUUUAUCAUAAUAAAAUUAAAAAUAUAUAUAUAAAUAAGUCUGGUUUAUCUUGCAGAGUGAUAAAGUGAUUAAAAAAAUAUCAUUAAAAAAAGCCAGUGUUGUGUUAUUUUAACCUCAGUUUAAUACUAAAUUCUGGUGGCUCUUGACACGUUCACACACAAAAACACAAAUAAAAUGGCAACUCGUUGGGGAAUAGCAAGUGCUGGAAAAAUAUCUCAUGAUUUUACAAAUGCCUUGGCAACACUUCCACCAAGUGAACAUGAAGUUGUUGCUGUUGCUGCAAGAAGUCUAUCAAGAGCUCAAGAAUUUUCAAAAAUUCAUAAAAUUAAAAAAUCAUAUGGUAGUUAUGAGGAGCUUGCUAAAGAUUCAGAUAUUGAUAUUGUCUAUGUUGGAAUGUUAAAUCCUCAACAUCUUGAAGUUUCAAAAUUAAUGUUGAACAAUGGAAAGAAUGUUUUAUGUGAAAAACCAUUGACAAUGAAUGCCAAAGAAACAAGAGAACUACUUGCAAUUGCUAAAGAAAAAAAUUUAUUUCUCAUGGAAGCAAUAUGGAGUCGUCAUUUUCCACUUUAUGAUGUUAUUAAAAAAGAAAUUAAAUCUGGAUCUAUUGGAGAUGUUGUUCAGGUCAUUGCAAGUUUUGGAUUUAGAAUGCCAAAUGUUGAACGAUUAAAUGUCAAAGCUCAAGGAGGUGGUACAAUUCUUGAUCUUGGUGUUUAUACAAUCCAAUUUGCGUCGUUAAUAUUUGAUGGUGAAAAACCAUUGUCAAUAAAAGCCGAUGGUUUUUUAAAUGAUGAUGGAGUUGAUAUAUCAAUGUCAGCAAUAUUAAAAUACAGCAAUAAUCGUACAGCAGUACUAUCAACACAUUCAUUAGCAAAUUUGCCAAAUGAAGGUGUAAUUAUUGGCACAAAUGGUACAAUUAAAAUACCAAAUUUUUGGUGUCCAACAACAGCUGAAUUGCCAUCUGGAAAAAUUGAAUUUCCACUUCCAAAAGCACCACUUGAUUUUAAUUUUAUUAAUUCAGCUGGAUUACGUUAUGAAGCUAUGGAAGCACGUCAAUGUAUCAAAUCAGGCUUUAAAGAAAGUGACAAAAUAACACACAAAGAAUCACUUUUAAUUGCUGAAAUUGAAGAUGAAAUUCGUCGACAAAUUGGUGUCGUUUAUCCUCAAGAUAAUUAGUAAUUUAUACAUCAUAAAAUUAUUCAAUAUAAUCAUAUUUUUAAUGUCAAUAAACUUGUGUCUUAUUUUUUUUAAUUCAAGGAUAAAUUAGACACAAAAGAAUAGUCUAAAAAAAAGUUAACAAUUAAAAGAAAAAUAAAUUAUGUAUACAUUACUCUCACGUUCUCAAUAUUCAAUCAAAUAAAAAAUUAAAUAAUGAAAAAUAA